AUGUGGACAGCUUGUACCGUUAGCUCUUCCAAAGCUGAAGAGCACAGGGGCCGAAGAUCUACACACGUGACGACGAGGCCUCAGUUUGGACGUUCAUCUGCCGCCUGCCCCACUGACGCCAGCCCGGGGAGGCGCAGAUCUCCCGUUCUGAAAAUGACGAUGGCGCGGUAUCGGCCGACCUGGGAGCUGGCUGCAGACCCCCUGGUCUCCUGUAAGCUCUGCCUCGGGGAGUUCCCUUUGGAGCAGAUGACCACCAUCUCACAGUGCCAAUGUGUCUUCUGUACACUGUGCCUGAAGCAGUACGUGGAGCUCCUGAUUAAAGAAGGUCUGGAAACGGCCAUUAGCUGCCCCGACUCUGCCUGCCCUAAAAGAGGACAUCUGCUGGAGAAUGAGAUCGAGUGCAUGGUGGCCACAGAGAUGAUGCAGAGAUACAAAAAGCUUCAGUUUGAAAGAGAGGUACUGCUGGACCCGUGUCGGACCUGGUGCCCGUCCUCCUCGUGCCAAGCCGUGUGUCAGCUGCAGGAGGGCGACUCUCCCCCUCUGCCUCAGCUCGUCCAGUGUGCCGUCUGUGCCCUGGAGUUCUGCUCUGCCUGUAAGGCCAACUGGCACCCGGGCCAGGCCUGCCCCGAGAGCCUGCCCGUCACCACCUUCCUCCCGGGAGAAAACAGCUCUCUAUACAAAAACGACGAUGAUGAUGCACCUAUUAAGCGCUGUCCCAAAUGCAAAGUGUACAUAGAGCGUGACGAAGGCUGUGCCCAGAUGAUGUGUAAGAACUGCAAACACGCCUUUUGCUGGUACUGCCUGGAGUCCUUGGAUGACGACUUCCUCCUGAUCCACUACGACAAAGGGCCGUGUCGGAACAAACUGGGCCACUCCCGAGCCUCAGUCAUCUGGCACAGAACACAGGUGGUGGGGAUCUUCGCGGGCUUCGGCCUCCUGCUUCUCGUAGCUUCUCCGUUCCUGCUGCUGGCCACGCCCAUCGUGCUCUGCUGUAAAUGCAAGUGCAGUAAAGGGGACGAUGACCCGCUCCCGACCUAA